AUGACGUCUAAACAAAUCGAUAGGGAGUGUGGUGGCGGCGCUAAAAAAACUACUGCGUUCGUCGCUCGUGGCAUUGGGCAGAAAAAAACGGCGGCAAAAAAGGUCGCGCGCGGUCAACAGGAGGCCGGCAAGAAAGCGGAAGACAAGGGGCCUAAACCAACGCCACGCAAGCGUGUUUCUACAGUGAACAAAGAUGCGGAUGUUGCCUCUGCUGGAACCGAGCCCGGUCCGAGUAAAGACGGCACCACUGGCGGCAACGAAGAUCCGGGGCGAGGGAGCGCGACUCUUGCACUCCCGUCGGCGGAGAUGGAGGGAUCGGCGACGGAGGGAAAUCACGGAGGCGAUCCCCGCACCGAGCAUGCCGCAACCAAGGAGUCCGAGGCGGCGGCAACGCAACACCAUUUGACGCUGCUCCAGCCGACCGUGAGGAAGAGCGAUGGGGAGGACGAUUAUGACGCCGCCGUGCCCGGAGACCUCAUUACGCGGGCGAAGAGGCGGCAGACGGCAGGUAGUGCUGACGACGCCGGAGGCGCGGCAGUUGGGACACCGCGAGGCGCCAAGGAAGCUAGUGGCAAGGUGGGCGGUCAAGCAUUGCGCCAUAAGGGCCGACCCGCAGCAAGAAAAGCAUCCGGCGGAAGGAGAGGCAAGAAAGCAGCGACAGGAACAAAGCCGAAACGAGGCGAUGAAGACCCCGGUGAUACGGAGGAGGAGGAUGAGGAGGAGGAUGCGGAGGGAGAGGAGGAUGAAGAGGAAGUGGAGGAGGAUGACGCGGAUGUUGGGGAGGAUGAAAAAGAUGAGAAUGAUAGCGGGGAGGACAAAGAGGCGGAGGAGGAGGAGGAGGAGGACGACGAGGGGGAGGAGGAGGAGGAGGAGGAGGAGGAGGAGGAGGAGGCAGAGGAGGAGGAGGAGGAGGAGGAGGAGGAGGAGGAGGAGGAGCAGGGUGACGACGAGGAGGAUGUGGAGGAGGAGGAGGAGGAAGCAGCAGAGGAGGAGGAGGAGGAGGAGGAGGAGGAGGAGGAGGAGGAGGAUCUGGCGCCAGUGAAGGGACGGGGCGGGCGUGGCAGACGGGUGAGUGGUACAGGGAAGGAGGGGGGCCGGACUCGCCCUUCCCGAAAACGCGGGGCAGUUGACGCUGCGCGCGGCGAAGCAUCGGGCAAACCGAAGGCACGCAUUGGGCCGCCCGUAAGCGUGCAACGAAUGCAUCUAAAGAAGGCUGCCGGAAGAGCGAGUGUUACACCGCUCUCCUCCGGAACACCAAAGUACUACACGCCAUGGGCCGGCCCGAGCAAAGUCGAUGCGACGGCACCAGGCGCGCCAAGAGGAGAGGAAUCCGAAUCCCCUCCACCCGCCCCCGUCACGCAGUCCCCACUCGCCUCACCCUCGUACCAAUUUCGGCAACUCCACGCUUCUCCUGUCCGGGGCAGGGCGGUCUCCCCUCUCGCCGAUCCUUCGCGCGGGCAUCAGGCAGGCAGUUAUGCCAAUCCCUUCCCUGAGCUCCCCUUUUCCCGCCAGCGUGAUAGUGUGAGGGCACACGGGACUGGUGCAGAAGACGUUUAUCCCCUUGGCCAGAGGGGGGAUUCUUCACACCCUUUUCCACCGCUCAUGGGUGCCCUAGGUGAAAGUGCGGAGCACGAGCAGUUUGUUACACGGGAGGAGUUCCAGGCGCUGCGGUCUGAGAUGUACGCUAUGUUUGCACAGCCCGGCCUGCGUCGUGGAGUACCUGCCAGCUAUGCCUGCGGGCCGGCAGCCCUGCCUAUGGCUGGUACCCCGCCGCCGAUGAGCGCCGUGGACAAGGCACGAGUGCUAGUGUUGCAGGAGACAAACCCAUUCCCGGUAUGUGGCGGGCCACAUGGGGCGGGAUAG